AUGGAAGAGCUCAGAAGCGAGAUAACGCUCAAGGCGCAGGAGACAGAGAAGCUAAGAAGAGAGAACGAGGACAAAGACUCCUCCCUCAUCAUUUUGGAAAACACGGUCGCAGUUCUCGACAUGGAAAAGGAGACGUUGCGUCGAGAUCUGCAGCAGAAGGAAAACAGUCUAACCGAAACGAAAAAUGAACUACUCAAGAAAAAUGAAGACUUGAAGAAAUUGCGAGAAGAUAAUAGAAGGAAGCAGAAUAGCAUUGAAAGUCUGCAGAAAGAAAGCGAGGACCUGAUCUUCCAGAGGAAUGGUUUGGAAAAUCAAUUGCAAGUCCUUACCGUUGAGAAAAAGAUGGCCCAAGAAAAUUUUAAGCAGCUCGAACUAUGCAGGAAAGAAUUAGCUGACAAAAGGAGGGAGUUGGAGGAUGUUAAAGCCCACAACCUCCAGAGGAACAGAGAGAUCCUCCGCCUGGAGAAUGAGCUCUCUCUGAAGCAAAAUGACGUCCUCUGUUUGAUAAAAGGAAUCGAAAGUAUUGUAGCACAAAGGGCCAAUGGAAAGAUCAAUGAAAUGACGAGGAAGGUAGUCCAACUGAAUUCGAGCUGGCUGAGACGAAGGAGAAACUUGAGACAAUGGAGUUUGAAAAAGAUGGAGGCCAUCUUGGAACUUGAAAAACUCCAAGAAGAGGCCUUGGCCCAGGAUACGAAAAUCGGACUCUUGGACAUGAAAAGGCUCGAUAUGAUUAGCAAAGCAAAGGACACUGUCUGUAAAGAGAAGAAUUUGAUCAAAAUGGCGCCGAAAAAACAGCCUGGAUCAGAGAGGAAAGUUGGAAAGGAAAGUUCUCAGGCUAAACCUCGAUGUCUGAGGAAGCCCCAGGUCAACUGCAAAGCCCUCUACCGACAAAUGGACGACAUCGAGGAAGGGAUUCUCCAGAUCAGAGCGUCGCAACGACGUUCAGCUGCUAACAGGAGACACUCAAAAGCCCCGGCUAAACUUAAUUCAGUGACGAAGCCUAUAAGUAGAGAACAAAUACAUCAGAAGCUGAGGACGGAAUCUGCAGCUAACCUCCGAAGACUGGAGCGAGAUGCUGCAAUGGUAAGAAAUCUCUACAAGGGCAACUACGUCACUUAA